AUGAAUUCAUCAUUUGAAUCUCUUUCUACCGAAUUAUUAUUUGAAUUCUUUGAUUAUUUAUCUCCAUUCGAUUUAUUUCGAAUUUUCAUCAAUCUCAAUAAUCGUCUAAAUGCUAUUGUUUAUUCAUAUCCACUUCGAUUGGAUUUUCGAUCAAUUUGUCGAUCAAAAUUCGAUUUUAUUUGUCGUCAUCUUCAACCAAAACAAGUUAUUUCAUUGAUUCUUUGCGAUGAAUGUGUUCCUGAUCGAGUGAAACUUUUCCUUUAUCAUUUUCCACAUUUUAAAGAACAAUUUCUUCAUCUUCAAUCUAUAACAUUAAUCGAAGCUGAAACUAUUACUUUCAUCGAUUUACCCAUAUCCGUUUCAUCGAUAUCAAUCAAAAUUUAUGAUACUGAUGAUUAUUAUGACCAAAAUUAUAUUAGUGAAAUCUUGUCUCGACAAGCAAAAGUGUUAACUCAUUUAAAAAUUAAUAGUAAAGAUUUACAUGAUCUUAUUGACAUUCGUUUUCCAGCUCUUACACAUUUGAUUAUUGGUGGAGGAUGUUAUUAUGAUAGUGACUAUGACUAUAUGGAUGUAUCUUUUCCAUUGGAGAAUACUGAUGUUCAUUCAUUAAUUCAACAAUGGCAAUGUUUUCUCACUCAUCUUUAUCUUGUUAUCGAUAAUAAAAUCCAAUAUUCGAUAUUUAAUCUUGAUCGAUUCUCUCAUUGUCUCACUCAUCUUGCAUUACACUUUUAUCAAGCUAUUCAAGUAUCAUUUGUAUGUCUUGAACGAUGUCUAAUUAAAUUGUUUCAAUUGACAAAGUUCACUUGUCAAGCAAGUGGUUCAUGGGAUUUAAUUGAUGGAAAACAAUGGGAACAAUUACUUUUGAAAACACAAAUUAUUCGAUUUAAUUUCAAAUUCACGUUUAAUCAAAUUUGGGAAAUUUCAUCCAUACUAGAAUCAUUUCGUU